CAGUGGCAGAGGACUGCUGUUAGGUUCAGGUUAUUUAGAGUUUACACAUAAGAACGCCGUUAUUUUAGCACAUUUACCUCCACCUCAGUAUGCGAUCGAUUUAGCUGUUAAAACAAGCGGAGCAACGAACAUCGGAUUCCCCUUUCAGAGACUCGAACAUCGAAGUGCAAUCUUUCCCUCAAGCCGUCAACAUGAACUCCGUCCGGUCAUCUGUACGGUCCCUCAAGCAACACUUUGAUGGCAAAGUAAAAGAGUUCACCGAUGAGAUCGAGACUGUCCACAUGGUGUGGCUUGUGGAGAUCCAACAAGAGGCCAACCGCAUGUUUUCAGGAGAUUUCAUCGCUGAGCCAGAAUUAAUGCCAAAAACACCAUCACAGAAAAAGCAUAGUCGCAGGAAGCGUGUGUCCAUGGGGCAUCAAGAAGAACAUCAAGCCAGACGAAGGUUUUCAAAGGGAAGGCGUAGUAACCUCCGUGGCUCCUCUGUCAAAUCACUGAACUUCAUCGCUGAGGAAGAGACCUUUCCCAACGCGUCCACCUCUGACGUCGACACCACCACCGCACGGCCCAAACGCACCACCCGCAAAAACAAACAAACGGUGUCUGAGGCGGCAGAGGAUGCAAGCCAGUCAUGUGGAAGUCUGAAGACCGAGGAGGAGCAGAACAAGAAGCCAGAGCAGGUAGAGGAGGAAGAGAUGGCCAAAGAUAACAAGGUGAACGAUGCAGAAGACGAGCCCGACCCCGCCCCCGCCCCGCCCCCACCCACGAUACCCUCGCCCGAGAUCGUCGUCAGCAUCUCUUCCUCGGACCGAUUGUCUGCCGAGCGUGCUAACAAUCCGCUGCCUUCUCCCGGCCGUACAGCUGCUAAAAUUGCAAUCGCUGGCGCAGCGCGAAGCUCGCGGAGAAGCUCCAUGCGAUGCUCCCUCAAGCUGCGUCACUCGCUGGCCGGUCUGCGGCACAGUAUGACUCAGGAGUCUGUGCGCCGCGCCUCGCGCCGCUCCAUGCUUAAGAGGAAAGGGGCUCGCAUGGGCAACUCCACAUGUAGCAGCAAUGUUGAUGAUGACUCUUGUGUGGACUCUACAGAGGAAGAGGAAGAGGACAGAGCAGUUAUGUUAGAUGCUGUAAGUGCAAACUCUGAGGAUAAUGCUGCAGCUGAAGAAUGGAAGGAAACACCUGAGAUUAACCAGAGCUUCCGUCCAUCUGUUGGCCGCAUCACUCGAUCUGUGGCUGCAAACUCUGCCACACUGGCCCCCCCGUCAACAGUCAACACUCCCAACAAGGGAACAGUUAUUGAGAAGCAGCUGACUUCCCAGUCAGGUCGCAUGUCACGCCAGAGUACCAAACGCAAAGCACCAGAUACUGUAGAGGAAAGUCCCACAAAGAGGCCCUCUCCUCCCAAGAAAAAUCAAAGUACAAUAAGACCCAACAUGAGGUCUUUUCUCCACACUGUGCAGAAGAAUCAGAUGCUGAUGAUGACUCCAAAUUCCCUCGGCCGGACUGCUGUCAUGAAGUCCUUCAUUAAACACACCACUCCUCUGAGGAUUGACCCCAAGUUGAGCGUUGGUAUAGUGACGAAGGAGCGUUACAAACUGGAAGCACUUAAGAAGAAGCAGGAGCUAGAGGAAGAAAGGAUGAAGAAAAUGGACGAGGAGAAGAAAAGGAAACAGGACGAUCUCAAAAGGAAGAGAGAUGAGAGGCUGAGAAGAGUGUUUGAGGCCAAAGUAAAAGAAGAGCAGCGAGAGGUGGAGAAGAAAAAGAAGAUUGAGCAAAAGAUGGCGCAGAUUGAUGAGAAGAAUGAUAAGCGUGUGGCAGAAGACAAGGCCAAAAAGAAGGUGGCCAUUAAACGUCAAGACGACCUGGAGCAGAAGAGGAAGUUGGAGGAAGACGCUAAAAGGAAGAAGAUUCAGCAAGCGGAGGAAGAGAAGCGGCAGCAAGAGUUACUGGCUACUAAGAAGGCCGAGGAGGAGGAACAGCGAGCUCGUAAGCUGGCUGAAGCUCGCCGAGCGCUGGAGCAGAAGAGGGAGCAAGAGAGGGAGCUGGAGAGAGAGCGCCUAGCUGUUGCUGAAAGGGAGCGCGUGGAAAAAGCAAAAGCUCUUGCUCUGCAGCAGGAAGUGGAGAGAGCAGCGAGAGAGAAAGAGAGGAGAGAACUGGAGGAGAAAAGAAAGGCACUUGACAAAAGACUGGAGGAGCAGCGGAGAUUAGCUGCUAAAGAGCAAGAAGUUGCUGCUAAAGAGCGAGAAGCUGCUGCUAAAGAGCGAGAAGCUGCUGCUAAAGAGCGAGAAGUUGCUGCUAAAAAGGCCGCUUCUGCAAAGGCGGCUUCUUGCCUGAAUGUGACUGUGGAUAUCGAGCGCUCUGUAAUGGGCACGCCUGUAGGAAAAGGUGCUGACCUCAAUAAGACUCUGGAUGUUGUGCGAUCGCCACAAUCGUACUCCAUCACUCCAAAGGGCGGCAACAAACCGUUGCCCAAAUGUGGGGACGAUUACGGGAUGGACCAAAACAGUGACGACUCCACUGAUGACGAGUCUGCCCCAAGGAAGCCCAUUCCAUCCUGGGCCGAGGGUCCCAAUCUGCAGCAGAUCAUGAUGAAGCAGUACUUCAACCCUCCUGAUAUAGACACUUUCUUUGGAACAAUUGAGCCACCAAAACUGGAAAAUAUCUUUUACAAGAGCAAGCCUCGCUAUUUCAAGCGGACCAGCUCGGCUGUGUGGCACUCUCCUCCCAUUGGAGGCAAGUGAUGUCUGUACACUGAUGCAGAUACACAUAUUAUAUUGCUGUAUAAAGUUUAAUCUUUGUUUUAAUGUUUGUUUUUAAAUAAAGUAAACAUUUUCUGGAUGUUUAAAGAUAUAUUUUAUUUUUUUUUUAGCUGUCAAUGUUUUAGGAAAUAUUCUUUCUAGUAUGUGAAAUGUAUGUCGUGGAGUUGGUGCUUCAUGCGUGGGUUUGGACUUGAGCAUGGGGAUGUUUUAUAACUCAGUGGGAUGUACCGGUAAACGUUUGGAAGAUUUUGCCACAUGAUCUGCAAGAACUUUCAUUUGUAUAAUGCGUGUAGCUACCGGCUGUAAAUUAUAAUAAAAUGUUUGUUUGGGAUUUAUUCCGGUACAUUAAAAUGGUUGAACAAAAAAAAAUCUUGUGUAGGUUUUUAGAUUUGAUCGUUUGACGCCCAAUAAAAGCUUAUACAGCUCAACAUUUUAGUCGCUGUAAAGGCCGGUGCACACUUACAUUAUUUGAACUGAUUGGACCG